AUAUACCCAAUUUCUCCCUUAAAAUCGUUACAUUAAAUCGUUUAAAAUCGUUACAUUAAAUUCAUCGACAGCAUCCUCAAAUUCCGCCUCCGUUACGCCUUCCGCACCGCCGAAGACGAAGAGAUCGUCGAUUGCCCUUCUCCGACGAAGCCGAAGAGUUACAGGAAUUUGCAAACAUGUGGAUUAUUCGUCGGAUACUCUUCUCCUUUGAAGUUGAAUCGUUACAAAUAUCUGCACAGAUAACUAUUUCUUCAGAUUUUUCGCAUUCAUCUCCAAAAAUUUCUGCAAUUGGGGAUUCAGUAAGUUUCAAGCGACAAGGUUUUAAAAAUUCCAACAGCAGCUUGAUCGACAUUAUAAACAUGUGGCCAUAUUACAUGCUUUUGGUGUGUACACAGGGCCAUGCAUGGUCUGCGAGCAUCACAUUGUGCUGUAUGCAGGCAGCCAUAUGUUCAUUUUCCUGGCAUAUGUCAUCUACUCCACCAUUUGUUACUGAAAAUGGAACCUGUAGCCUACAAAACGGGAUGCAGAGGAAGCUUCAUUACAUCCACCCCCAACAAUGCCAGCAUUCCAAUAUGGAACAUCAGAUUCUCAAGAAGACUAUUCAAACGAAUGAGAGUUUACCGGAUUCUACAACGAGGAAAGCUAAUGACACCAUUGGCAAUGGUAUCAAAGCAUUGGAUCUUAGCAGACAAAAUAAUAAUUACCGCAUAUUCAGCUGCCAUGAUAUUGGGUAUUGAUGAAGAAAAUGGACCUCAACUAUUCAAAUGUGAUCCAGCUGGUCAUUUUUUUUUCACAAGGCCACAAGUGCUGGUUUGAAAGAGCAAUAAGCAAUUAACUUUUUAGAGAAGAAGAUGAAGAAUGGUCCUUCAUUCUCAUAUGACGAAACCGUGCAGGACGACACAGAUUGGUCUUCAGGUCAUAUACCGAUGGAGAUGAAGCAACCCCCCCUUUCGAACACCCCCCCAAAACACGGCCUUCCAUCAUGGUUCAUCAUCCAUCGGCUGGAAGCCACCUCUCAAGCUGGGAAUGUUGAAGCUAUUUUAUCUACAACAAAAUAUCAUAAUUUCACAGUGUCUCAGAGCCAGAAUUAUCUGAACGAUUGGCUGCAGCAUCUCUCAAUGACCAAGAAUUCCAAGCCCUAAAACAACUUUGUUGUAGUAUUGAUGUGAAAAUUGCACCCUGCAUCUAAUGCAACUGAAUAAGAAUGAGAGAAAAUUUUAUUUGG